AUGAAGCAGUCGGGGCGCGACGCGCGGCCGACGAGUCCGCCGCGGCGGCUCCCCUCCAUUUAUGGCACCUUGCGGAGAGUAGCGCGGCUCCACCGCGGCUGGGCGCCGCCGGUACCCGAGACGAAGAAGCCGCCUCCCAAGUUGACAAAGAAGCCGCCGCCGUUGACGCUCGAACGGUUGGCGCCGCCGACGCCGCCCGCGCGGGACGCCUUGCGGGAGCUCCACGAGGAGCUGCAGGCUGAUCUAGAACCGCACAAACGACGCGUACGCUUGCAAGGCGUUGCUGCCUUGCCAGGACAUUAUCUGUUAAGGACGGGCAUCAAGGUUUAUAGGAGGUCGAAGCUAGCUCCGGCGCUACAAAGGCUAUGCUAUAGAAUACCUUCCCUGAAGGCCGCGGCCAUUGAAACCUGCUACCUGAACGCGCGUCGACGGUGGGUCGACGUACGCAUCGUGGAGGUCAUCAUACGACAGCGGCGGCUCGAAGCCUACGAAGCUGCGCGGAACGCGGCCCAGCAAUAUUUUAGGAGGUGCUGGAACACGUUUCGAUUACGACGACGACUACUCGCGAGGAGCCGCAUCCCCGGCAUCGUGAGAGAGGUGGCAGCUCAAGCGGAGAAAGGAUUGGUGCUCCAGAAGAUCUGGCGGCGCGUGUGUGGACGAGCCAAGGCCAACAAGCUAGCAAGAAAGAUCCUAGCUGAGGAAUUGAUGCGGUAUCAUAUAGGAGCGAGUGAAAACGCGCGCAUCCAGCGGUACUUCCAGGAGGACGACGACUACUAUGAAACGAGGAACGAGCCGUGGGAAGACCCUAACAGUUUCGUCACGUUCGUCCACUUGGCGGGUGUGGGCGUCGUCCACACGGACUUUGUACUCACGACGGGCGCGCGAGCGCUCUUUGCGGCCGCGCAACGAAACGCGGACGUCGCGUUCUACCGAGACCUCCCGGACUGGCGGAAGUGCCUCCGAGGUGCUAGAAUAGUCGAGUCCUACCGCCACAUGCGCGACGCCUGUUACGCGGCGGACAAGGCGGUCAAGGCCAACAACCAGCGGGAGAUGGUCGCGAUGAGUAUCGAAGAAAAACGUACGGUGCAAGCGGACGCGCUAGCGCUGGACAUGGACGCUUGUGCGGCAGAACGAGUAGCCCAAGAAGCUGUUCGUAUUUUGAGAGAGAAUGACAUGAAUGCGUGGCACGCGUGGCUCGAGGAGCAGAAAAAACGGGACCACGAGGCCUUUCGGGGCGAGAGCGAGAAGGAGGCCUGGCUCAAGCACCGCACUGGGGAAUCAUCGCCCUUGAGACAAGCAACUUUAACGAAUUACGAGAUGUACCACGACGAGGAAAUGGAGGAGAAACGCCUGUUGGGCCAAUUACCCGAGCAGAUGGAGUGCCAAUGUAUGUACCUCGAGGAGCAGCGGUUGCGAGCGAUAGCUUUCACUCUGGUAAGAAGGGAGCGCAAGCGGGAGGCUGUUCAGUUGGAGGCGAUGCGGCGCGAGGAAGUUAUUCAAAGGGACUACGAGGCGCGACUCGUCGUGCUGGAGCAGCGACGUCAAGCUACUCGACGAGAAGUUGUCAAACAGAGCGACAACCUGUUCAAGCGGGCUCGCGUGGCUAUUGCGCGAGGUGGCUUGGCGGCGCAGCGGUGGUUCCGCGCCUUUACGUUGUGGGAGGAGAACGUCGCCCUGGCGGAAAGGAGGGCCAUGGAAACUGAAGACCUUGAGAAGCUUGUACUGAGGUCCUACGAGCACUGGUGCUGCGCCUUUGAUGAAGCCCAAACGGCGGACAACAUCUGUGCGCGGAAGCACGCUCUACACGCUAUAAGUGAAUAUGUCUGGCAGGAUGCCGUCGACGCGGCGAAGGCUGCCCAAGACACGAUUCCAGGACUCCAGGACAUAGCUCAAAAGUCGAUAAAACCCAUCAAAACGGCCAAGUUGGAUUUGAGAGCCGCGGAGAGCGACCUCGCCGAGGCCCAGAUCGAUAGGGAUAAAAAACUGAAGAAGAAGGGCAAGCCCUUGAAACUCGCCGAGAAGAAGUUAAUUGAGGUCCAAGCGACGCGAGACGCCGUCGCUCAAAGGCUGGAGGACUGCAAGUGGGAGAAAGUGCGCUCCGAGUUCACGGUCGAGGCGGCGGAGGCGGCAGCCUUAGCUUUAGAGAACGCCGUCCCCUUCCGGAGGGCCGAGGCGAACGUUUGUAAAGUGGAGGCCGUGAAGGCUCUAAGGGUGUUGGGUAUGGCCAAAUUAUCUGAAAGAACGGGCGAGGCCGACUACGUGUAUCGGAGGUGUGUUUAUGUGGAGCAACGUUCCGAGCUACCGACGGCGUUCGGACUGCUGCUGUUCCGGAAAAGACAGAGUAUCAGAGUGAGACAACACGUCGAGAGCGAGGCGCGCUUCGCCGCGGAGCAGCAGAACGAGGCUCGCGACUAUUAUGAAAAGUACGUCGCAGAACCACCACCACCACCACCGCCUCCUCUCGUGCCUCCUUUGAAGAUCGGCGCCAUCAUCCGCGCCCACUACUUCCAGUUCCGGGCCGAGGCGCGCAUCGCCCAGCAGGCCUGGGACGCGAGAGCGUCUAGACUAAAACUGAGGCGGUGCCGGCUGCGACGGGAUGAAGCCGCAAAGCGGUUCUUUAGUGCAAGGGCAAACGAGUGGCGCGCGAAGAGUCAGAUGUGUUUGUGGAGAGCGAAGCAGCGCAUCGCGAAGCCCAAGACGCGGUUGGAACGCCAGAAGUACGCUUCUCAAAUUACCUUCUACCACGAGCGCAGCGAGGAAUGCGAAGACGAGCACGCGCGAGCAUCCGAUUCUCUGAGAGACGCGCUGGACGAGGAAAUCAUCGCGUUGCUCGAUGCCUUCAAGGCGCAUCCUACCACGCCGAAACUAGCGCCUUCACUAAAAUCGGCGGCGAAGCUACUCCGGUCCAAAUUAACAACGGUGGUCGAAGCCCCCGCGCCGCCGUUCCCCUGGUUCGACUUCUCUUCAUUAUGCGCGCCGGCGCCGUCGGUGGGCGCGCCCUGGGGCUGGUGGUGGGGCUCCCUGUGCGCCCCGGCGCCGGCGCCCUACGGGUCGCUCUGCGCGCCGGCGCCGGCGCCCUACGGCUGGUGCGCGCCCGCACCGGCACCUGCACUAUUGACCAUCGAGGCCGAGGUGCCGUCGCAGCCGCCGUCGCCGAAACUCAAAAACUGUAGCAAUGCCCCGGUCUUCGACGCCGCGCCGGCCCCGGCGCCCGAGGGUGAACCUCCAGAACUCCUCGUGAUGGGGUGUGAGCUGGGUGCGGGCAUCGCCAAAAAGGUCAUUCAUAUUGGUGAGACAAGGGCCUACGUCCUCGAGCGGUUCCAAGGCACUAAAUUCGUCGUGCCGGCGGAGACGUGCGAGCGCCUGCCGACCGGCGGCGAAGUUGUCACCGAAGUCUUGGAGAGGAUGCGCUUCUGGUUUUUGGACGAGAAGGAACGCCAAUACCAAGAACGGUGCCUCAUGGUGACCCAGGAGGCUUUUGAGAAAGAAAGGUUAUUCUGGGAGGCGGAACACGCGAGGGUAGGCGAAUACACGAGACGGGAGCGGCGAUUACUGUUAGAGGCCUUUUCGCGCAACCGAAGGAAAGCAGCAGCACCGCCGCCGAAACCGAAGCAGUGGAAGUUCAUCCCAAGGGCGCCUCCUAGUUUCAAUACUCCAAGAACGCCAUCCAAGACGGAUGAUUGCGAGUGGCUCCAUGAGAAGCUGCGGAGAUUAAGGCAUUUGGAAAAGGCCUGGCGCGAGCGCAACGAUUCACAUUUAAGAGCGGUGUGUCGCCGGCAUUCUAUCGAGUACGAUACGGGCCGGCUGCCGUACGCCGAUGAGUCGAGUGAGCUCCUGGAAUUACUAUCAAAGGUAGGGUGCUACGUCGACCUGGCCAUUGUGGCCGUGCUACCGCGCAAAUACCUGAAGGUCGAGUCCUUCCUGAAGAAGGUUUUAACAAGAUUGCUACUCGGUUUCCAGCUCCGCAAACAAGGAGAUGCGUUUCAACAAUGGUUAGAGAAGGACUGGGAGCUCUUCUAUUCCAUUGACGAGGCGCCCGCGCCGGCACCGUCACCAGCGCCGGCGCCGGCGCCCUACGGCUUUUGUACUCCGGCGCCGGCGCCGGCGCCGGCGCCGGCGGAUGCCCUCACGACAGUACGGGUCUCCACUCAAAUAACGUUGGAUGGCGUCGUCGCCGCCUUCAAUUAUGAUGGAGGACAGCAGGCGGCCUUCGCGCUGGCGGUCCUAGAUGGUGCCAUUCACUUCGAUGAUAUCAUAGAUAUCGUUGUAAGGCGGGAGGCCGGCUGGCCGCCUGCUAGACCCGUGCCGGGCGUCGUCUCCUUUACGGGACUCGCUCAUAUAUACGACGUCGAGGACCCCGCGGAGAUCGCGGCGGAAGCUUUAAAUAGAUCCACGGAAUCACUGGAGGAGGCGCUCACCGACGGGAGCUUCCUGACGUCAUUGCAAGGGCACCCCGCGUUCGCUGAUAUAAGAGUGGACCUGGACGCGACGCUACCGUUGGAGGCCACGGUCGCUUACGACGUCUACAUACCACCGGCGCCGGCGCCCGCGCCCGCGCCGGCGCCCGCGCCAGCACCGGCGCCCGCGCCAUCACCAGCACCAGCACCCGGCGAAGCGCCGGCCCCCGCCUUCGUCACGUCGUUGGAGGCCGAGGCCCUCGUGUUUCCGCCGGGCGAACGGCCGCCGACGCUCAAGGAGCUCUUCGGUGCGAAGCUCCCGGGCACCUACGAGGCCUUUUGCGCCGGCGAGAUUGGGGGAGAGGAGCUCUGGGAGCGCUACUUUGUGGAAGCAUCAACACUGGCGGAGACGAUGGCGUCAGAGGCUUGCAAGGAAGUGAGUGGAAGGAAGGGUUGCGUCACGAAGGCCGGCGAGGCCGCGGGAAGGGCGCGAGAAAAACUGGACGCCUGGUUUGAGGUCGACGACGAGGUCGAGGUCACGCAAGGCGAGCAAGUCGGGGAAUUCGGCGUCGUCCAACUCGUAGACCAGUACGGCUGGGUCACCGCGCGUUUAGAUGCCAAGCCCUACCCCAUCAAGGUCAAGUACACCGACUUAAAAUGGGUGCCCCCGAAGCCGCCUUUGCCACCCGGAUGGAGCGAGCUCAUCGAUUCCGACUCUGGUUCUAAGUACUACCAGCACGAGAACGGAGACUCGGCGUGGGAGCGGCCCUUUUUGUAUAGUAUUGGUGACAAGGUCGACGUCUUAUAUCAGCACGGAGCCGUGUACUACGCGGGGACCAUCUCUCAAAUCUCGCACCGGGGUUUAUAUGACAUUGCUUAUGAUAAUUUGCAAGACAGAGUCUUCCGCAACGACACGGAGGACUGGGUCGACGACGACCGGGCGCGGGCUGUCGCGGCGACCGAGCGCAUGCGCACGGCGCUCGAAAGUGCGCGGGCGCGUCGCGAGGUUUUGAAGGAUGAGUGCCUUGCAAUGAAGGCGGCGGCGGACGCGUUUGCAUUGUUAAAUCCGGAGGAGCCCGAGCCUCAGGUCCUGGAGGCGGAGGCGGUCGAGGCGGAUGCCGUGGUUGCCGCGGCGGUCGCCGCCGACGCCAUGGCCGCACUAACGCCUCUUUCGCCGAAGGAGCACUACGAAACUAUAACCGCGUUACACGAGGCGGCCCAGCUUGAAGUGGAAACGCUCUGCGAUCGCCUGGCGGCGGCCGAGAACGACCUUGUAGUAACACCGGGAGCAAAACCCCACACAGUGACCAUCGACGGCGCGUCAUUUGUCCUCGCGGCCGGGCCCGAAGCCGACGAAUCUGAGGAAGGCGUCCAGGAGUUUAUGAUGAGACGGCACGAGGUGCCUCCGAAAAAGCUGAAGCUCGGGCUCUUCGGUUCCACUAGACUCGGCAAGUGGCGUGCCAAGGCCGUCGAGGCCGCGGCGCCCGAGUCUAUUGAAGAGGCGCCGGCGCCGGCGCCCUCUCCAGCACCGGCGCCGCCGCCGCCGCUCCCUUCAAUCUCGAUACCGGAACCCAAUGCAUGGGUCCACGACAGCGGCGCGGAACGCGCGGCGCUCGCGGCGGCCCACGCCGCAAACCCGCUGGACAUGGCCGCCGCCCGGGCGUACAGGGAGUACGUCGAGCCCGCGCCGUGGCGUUGUUGUGUAGAGGGCGACUGGGUCGCGUGCGAGCUGUGCGUCGGUCUCGUCAAAAAGGUCGUGCACCUUCCGCCGCCCGGCUUCUCCUCUCCUGAAUCUCCGGCGGAGUCCACGGCGGAGCAUGCGGCGGAGCCCGCGCCGGCGCCCGCGUCGGAGCCUACGGCCGAGCACACGGCGGAGCCCACGGCGGAGCCGACGACCGAGCCGCCCGCGCCGGCGCCCGCGCCCCCCGUAUCAACCUGGGAGGCGCACGUCGACGACGAAGGUCGAACCUACUAUUUUAAUGGAGAGGACUCGACGUACGGCCGCAUGACUUAUAUACUAGAAAGCAAGUGCCGCACGCACGCGCCGGACUGGCUCGGGCGGCGACCUCCAUUAUAUUACGUCGUGCCCGCGCAGACCUGCGAGAAAUUAGGAGAGUGGGAGUUCCGCGAGGCGGUGGAUCAUGCAUCAAUUGAUUCGGACAUGGUUGCAUUGCAGAAGGAUAGGCAAGCGUGUUUUGACGACGUGUUCCUGGCCGACGACAGGAAGGAAGCUCAGUUAGAAGCACUGGACGCGAAGAUCGACGCGUUAGUCCAGAGGAAGCAAAUAACAUGGGCCGCGAUGCAUGAGACGAUGUCCCAGACCCUGCACGUGGCCCGCCACAAGUUUCAGUACGAGGGCGGCCCGCCGCGGUGCGUCGCGGGCAACUUCGAGGUCAACUUCCUGCGGAUGGACCGGCGCAACGUCUUCACGCAAGCCAUGGACGCCGUGCGCUACGUGGGCGACGCGCCGCCCCGGGCCGUCGUCGAGGCGCCGCCGCCGCCGCCGCCUUCCGAAUUUUUGACGCGGACGCUGGAAGUGCUCUCGUGGCGGUCGUUGUCGCAUUUACCACUCUUGGCUUCCAGCAACGAACUGCCCCUGGCGAGCUGCGUCAAGCCCGCCCUCGGGUUGGACGAGUGCUACGUCGAGCCGCACUGGACUUUGGCUGAUCGGAAGGAGCACCUGGCGCUUUUACUAGAGUUCCUGGCGGACCGCGAGCCGAGCGCCGUGUUCUACCGCGCGCCGGCGCCGGCGCCCGGCCCGUCGCCGGCGCCCGCGCCGGCACCUUCUACAACAUUGUUCGAGGCCGAGGCGCCGCCCUUCUACCGGGGCCUCCGGCCGAAGACGCCCGAGGCCUUCGCGCCUCCCUACCAGCGCGGCUCGGGCCGGAAGCGGCUGCGAUUUCGAGAGGCGGGCUGGGACCCGCACGCGCCGGCGCCGGCGGGCUGGACCUAUGCUACACAUGCGCCGUGCCCGGCGCCGGCGGGCGGCUGGGAGGCCGAUUCUUCGGAAGACGCGGCACGGUUCGCGGCCGCCUACGACCGGCCCCUCGCGUCCGUCGACGUUCUCGAUGAUGUCGAUCUCAGUUCGUACGUCGCGGCGUGUCUCUGCUUCCUUCCCGCCAACCACGGCCUGCCGAAGAACUUUGUCGAGGCGUCUUCCGCGGACGUAACGCUAGCGUUGGAGGGACCCGAUAUUAUAAGAACCAAGCUGAUAUCUGGACAAGAAGGCGCGUACGAGGUCAAGGGCUGGCGCGGCGCCAGAAAGACGCAGCUCAACGCGACGCAAGCGCAAAGUCUGGUAGACGUCUCCCACCGGGUGGCUGCCUGUUACUACUUCCGCAAGCGAACGAUGGACACGUCUUCAUGGAAUGCGGCGGCGCCGGCGCCGGCGGGCUUUACGUGGAAGUGGAACGCGCCCGCACCUGCCGGGACCUGGUCCUUCGUGGAGCCGCCGUCCCUACCCAUGGUCCUCGAAGAGUCGGCGACGGAGCUCGACGCGCUCUUCGGCAUGCUGCAGUACAACGUCGCGAAGCGGGAGCUGACCACGUAUGUGUCGUUGGAGUCGACGAAACUCAGACGGGUCGCGAAGGACGUGCCGGGGGAUAUUGUGGAAGCGGAGGUCGUGGACGUGCGAAGUCCAAACAUCCGGCCGCGCCUCUACAAGCAACGGUCGAACGUGGAUCCCUCCAUAAGCCACGAGCCGCCGUCGAGCGGCACGCGCGACCCGACCUGGGGCUUCGACGGGCACACGCUGUACGUGGUCCACGGCCUGCACGCCGAGUUUCGCGUGACCUACCUCCCGGACGGCGCCCCUUGCGCCUCCGAGAUCCUCGAGGACGAGGUGCCCGUCAAAUGGGGCGUGCUGGCUACGAACGACCUGGCCGACGACGAGGCCGCCGCGGAGGGGUUGGGGUCCGGGGUCUGGUUAUAA